GUCAGCGCAAAGGUUGUUAGUUGCACUGGGUUGUAUAGGGAAUCGGUGAAACGUGUUUCGGCGUUGCUGCAUUGAUAUCCACUGAUCAUGCCUGGUUAUAAAUGUGUCAUUUCCGAAAAAGACAUGAAGUCUUUUGAUCCAAAAUACCUCUGCACGUUUUGUGGAAACGUAUUGAGGGAUCCGGUACAGACCAGCUGUGGACAUCGUUACUGCAAGUCUUGUGUAGAACCAUUACUAAGAUCGUCUCCUUCUAGGUGUUUGGUGGAUAAUGAAGAAAUCACCGAGAAGAAGAUAUUUGAAGACAAGUUUGCGCGACGCGAAAUUCUGUCGUUACCAGUCCAGUGUGCAAACCAAUGCGACGGCUGCGAUUGGACAGGAGAACUGGGACAGCUAGAGGAUCACGAGGCUCAGUGUCCAUAUACCAAGGUUCAAUGCAUGUAUCCCAGUUGCGGAGCCCUGAUGCUGAGAGAAGACUUAUCCCGGCACCUUGAAGAAGAGUGCAUGUUUAGACAGCAGCAAUGUCAGUACUGCAAGCUGAUGACAACAGCUGACAAGCUUAAGGAACACGAAGAGAAUGAUUGCGAAGAAUACCCCGUGGACUGUCCAAAGUGUUCAACUGUAAAACUCCCACGAAAGCAGCUUUCAAGCCACCUUGAUGCUGUUAAUGGUGACUGUACGGCUGUUGAGGUGCUCUGUGCUUUUGAAAGCAUAGGAUGCAAACAUGGAAAGACAAUGAAACGAGAAGAAAGCAGAGACCACCAGGAUAAAGAAGCAGUACGUCAUUUAAGCUAUCUUCUUUUAUUCGUCCAACGACUUUCAGACUUCUUUUAUUCCAAACUUGGGGAUUUCAAUGCUUUUGAAAAGUCCCAAGUCAUCACCAGCAUGGGUAAUACCAUUGAAAGUUUAUUACGUAAGGUAGAUGCAGUAAUCAAUGAAAGUUCGAACUUUUCAUCAAUACUGAAAGGGCAUGGCACACGCAUAAGCAACCUAGAACAGAGCAUCAAACGUUGUUUAAUGGAUGACGUAGUACCAGACAGCACUCCCUUAAAUUCUUCAUUGCAUCGCCUAUCUCAAGCUGCGACAAAGAAAAUUUUACAAAUGCUGGAAAAUCAGGAUGCUAAGACAGCUAAUCAUGAAGUUCUUUUAGUUGAAUUAAACUCCAUGAUGCAAAAUCAGAAUAAGGAAGUAAAAAGGUUAGAAACACAACUUAAAACUUCUAAUGAUGAAAUAAGAAAACUUCAGCGACGAACAGAGUAUUUAGAGCAUACUCUAAGUGCCAGAAAUUUUGCUAUAGCGGAACUGGAAGAAUAUGUUAAGCAAGAACAGUUCUCGAGCUUUGAUGGUGUGCUCAUAUGGAAGAUUACUGACUUCGCUCGUCGAAGAAAUGAGGCAAUAACAGGCCAACACGUAUCUACCUAUAGUCCGUGUUUCUAUACUAGUCACCAUGGCUACAAGAUGUGCGCGCGCCUCUAUCUAAACGGAGAUGGAAAAGGSAAAGGAACGCACAURUCUMUAUURUUUGUUAUCAUGCGCGGUCAGUAUGAUGCGCUACUCCGCUGGCCAUUCAGACAGAAGAUCACAUUUAUGCUAAUAGAUCAAGAUAACGUGGAGCACGUGAUCGACUCGUUCAGGCCUGAUCCCAGCAGCUCUUCUUUCCAGAGGCCUCGAAGAGAAACCAAUAUUGCCAGCGGAUGCCCCACCUUUUGUCCUCUAUCUGAGUUAAACAAUCGCGCCUACGUAAAGGACGAUACCAUGUUUAUUAAAGUAAUUGUUGAUAACACAGAUAUAUAAACUUCCAGUGAGUUUUAACUCGUUUAAUUUAAGGUUCUGAAAAAAAGUUUUUUUCACAGGAAGUAGUGCUUUUCUUCUUUCUAUUUUAUCUUUCUAUUGCAGUUUGAGUUAUUCGGACAUUGUUUGCCCUAGCAUUCGUAUAUUAAAGUAAUAAAAUGUUUACUAAACAA